AUGUCGGAGAGAAAGCGCCGCCGAGGAGAUCCGGCCGCCGCCGGUUCCUCCGGCAAGACGAAGAUCCGCAGCGACGCUUCCUCCUCGCCUCUCCUCUUCAAGAACCGCCUGAAGCCAGAUUCCAUCAUUCUCGCUACACUCCAGCAGCUGCACGCCGCCGAGCAGUCGUCCAGUUCUACUGGGAAGGUCCCAACCCUAGCUGAGCUUGGGCUCUCCUCCACUUGCCGCGAGGUCUCAGACCGAGAUCCUGCCGCUGUGCGGAUCACCAUCGAGGAUUCCAUCCUCGCCGCCGCCAGAUCCAUUCUUGAAGGGCGUGGUUUCUCCUUCUCUGUCCCGUCCCGUUCAUCCUCCAAUCAGAUUUACGUUCCCGAGCUCGACCGCAUCGUACUCCGGGAUAAGUCCUCCAUCCGAUCCUUCUCCAGUCUCUCCACCGUCCGCAAGACCACCAUUACUGUCCGCCUCCUCGCGCUCAUCCACCAGCUCUGCACGAAGAACAUACACGUCACAAAGCGUGACCUCUUCUACACAGAUGUCAAGCUGUUCCAGGACCAGACGCAGUCGGAUGCCGUGCUCGACGAUGUCUCUUGCAUGCUCGGCUGCACCCGCUCCUCCCUCAACGUUGUUGCCUCUGAGAAGGGCGUGGUGGUUGGCCGGCUGAUCUUUACAGAACAAGGCGACCGCAUUGACUGUACUAAGAUGGGUGUCGGAGGGAAGGCUAUUCCCCCGAACGUCGACCACGUGGGUAACAUGGAGAGUGAUGCGCUCUUCAUUCUCCUGGUGGAGAAGGAUGCGGCAUUCAUGAGGCUGGCCGAGGACAGGUUCUACAAUAGGUUUCCCUGCAUCAUUGUCACAGCUAAGGGACAGCCCGAUGUCGCCACGAGGCUGUUCCUGAAGAAGAUGAAGACAGAACUUAGGCUGCCUGUGCUGGCACUGGUCGACAGUGACCCAUACGGAUUAAAGAUCUUAUCCGUCUACAUGUGCGGAUCGAAGAAUAUGUCGUAUGACAGCUCAAAUCUUACGACGCCUGACAUAAAAUGGCUUGGAAUCAGGCCGAGCGAUCUUGACAAGUAUAAGAUACCAGAACAGUGCCGUCUACCGAUGACAGAUCAGGACUUGAAGACAGGGAAGGAUUUGUUGGAGGAGGACUUUGUGAAGAAGAGUGGGGGUUGGGUGCGCGAACUGGAGUUGAUGGUUCAGACGAAGCAGAAAGCUGAGAUACAGGCUCUGAGUACAUUUGGUUUUCAAUAUCUGACUGAAGUCUAUCUACCGCUCAAGCUACAGGAGAAGGAUUGGAUUUGA